CUUGCGGUAAACUUUGCCGUGUGCAUUAGCUGUAACUUGUAAAGUGUGAACCUGGAUGGUAAAUUAAUUAAGGGAGAUAACAUUACAUAACAAUGAUGGUGGAAGACCAUGCUCUACAAAACCAGGCCUCAUCCAGUGAGGAGGGUGGCGACCGUAAGGUUACAUAAACGGGGGCAGUGAAAUACACAUUAAAAGAUAAGAGAGACCAAACUACGAGAUUCUGGAUGUUGCAGGCUAUUCGUCUCUAGUAAUGAACUCCAGGCUUCGUGUGUUGGGCGGGAGAAUAAGCAACAUACGAGUAUCAGAGCUGCCAAAGGACAAGAACAGGUCGGAGGUCAUCUGCAAUGUGCACUUCCUGGAUGGCACGGUGCAGAGCUUCAGAGUCAAUAAACAAGAUGCUGGUCAAGUUUUGCUCGAUAUGGUCUACAACCACCUGGGCCUGAUGGAGAGAGAAUAUUUCGGCUUGCAACACAAUGAAGAUUCAGUAGACUCUCCUGUUGGUAGCAAAUUGAGAUGGCUUGAGCCUACAAAACCAAUCAGGAAACAGCUGAAAGGUAGCUUUCCCUGUUCGCUACGUUUCCUGGUGAGGUUUUUCAUCCCAGACCCUAAUAUGCUACAGCAAGAACAAACUAAGCAUUUCUAUUUUUUACAACUGAAGAAUGAUAUCCUAGAAGGAAGGUUAAACUGUCCUCCCAGUUCAGCGGUUGUCCUUGCUUCCUACACAGUGCAGUCUGAACUUGGAGACUACAGUUCUUCUGAGCACCCUCCUGGAUAUCUGUCUGAAAUCCACUUUAUACCUGAUCAGGAUGAAGACUUUCUCACCAAAGUGGAAUCACUGCAUAACCAGCACAGAGGCCUCAAACAAUCAGAAGCAGAGCUUUGCUAUUUGAAUAUUGCCAGAACCAUGGAGUUUUAUGGUGUAGAAUUGCACAGCGCUAGAGAUCCUAACAAUGCAGAGCUGCUCAUAGGAAUAGCCUCUGGGGGGCUCCCUGUCUUUCGGAAUAUGAUUUGUACAAGUUUCUACUCCUGGGUCAAUAUCAUGAAGAUUUCCUUUAAAAGGAAACGGUUCUUUAUACAGCUAAGACAGAAACAUGGUGAAACCCGAGAACAUAACGUGGCCUUCAGUAUGUUGAACUACAGGGCAUGCAAAAACCUGUGGAAGUCCUGUGUGGAGCAUCACACCUUCUUUCAGGCCAAGAGAUCAGUACCUCGGGUCAAAAAGCUGCUGUCUCACAACUGGACCCUGGGCUACAAGAAUCCAGCUAAGUCCAUAAACAAUCAGUUUUGCCAGAAAGUCAUCGGUGGGAUGGUCUGGAACCCAGUAUUGAGAAAACCGUCGUCAGUAGAGUAUCUAGAGACCAAAAGCCUUCCUUCACGCUCACCGCCUCUGACGCCAAACUGGCGGAGCCCUCGAUUGCGCCAUGAGAUCAGGAAGCCACGACACUCCUCCAUGGACAAUUUGGCAAGUGAGAUGACCUACAUCACCGAGACGGAGGAUGUGUUCUACACCUACAAGGAGCCGCCCAGCUCCAGGGACAGCGACAUAGAGUCCCCCCAGAACCACAGUCCCUGUAGAAAGUCACCAGACUCAGAAAUGCCAAGGAAACUACUGGAAAGCAGUGACACACAACAAAGUUCCCCUCGCAUAUCCCACGGCCAUUCUCUGCCACCUUCCCCCAAUGGCGUGGGAACUCAGGCACAGGUGAACAACAGACUGUCCGGGACACACCCGCUUGACGGGGUGGAUAAACAGUUCCUGGCAAGCUACGAUAACACGAUGAGAGCGAACAACACCGAUGGAGACUGCCAGUACUACUGUGACAAUAAUGAGCUCAUAGACGCGGAACUGCUGCUGCUACGGAUAACGCCGGAUAAAGAAGGGAGGUUUGGUUUCAAUGUGAAGGGUGGAGUAGAUCAGAAGAUGCCCCUUGUAAUAUCCAGAGUGAGCCCAGACUCCCCUGCUGACCUGUGCACGCCGAAGCUUCUCGAAGGGGACCAGAUUGUGCUGAUCAAUGGCAGAGACAUCUCGGAGCACACCCAUGACCAGGUUGUAAUGUUCAUCAAAGCCAGCCGAGAGUCACACACCAAAGAGCUUGCACUGCUAGUCAGGCGGAAAGUUGUAAAACUCCACAUGGAGCAGAUGCUUGAGGACGAGAUGGAUGUCUCGUUACCAGGUGACUCGAUCCUCUCCACCUACCCCCAGUAUGGGACUCUAGAGGAGUCCAUGCAACAGCUGAAGAGAGGGCUGGAGAGCGGGACUGUGCUCAACCAGUUUGAGCAACUGUACAGAAAAAAACCUGGGAUGACCAUUGUGUGUGCAAAAUUACCUCAGAACAUGGACAAGAACCGUUACAAGGAUGUGUUGCCAUAUGACAAUACCAGAGUUGCUUUAUUAGUUGGAGAAGAGGAUGAUUACAUAAAUGCCAACUUUGUUAAUAUGACAAUCCCAUCAGCCGGCAUUGUUAACAAGUACGUGGCGAGCCAGGGCCCCCUGCCACACACCUGCUCGCACUUCUGGCAGGCUGUGUGGGAGCAGCACUGUGCCGUGAUCGUCAUGCUCACCACUCUUACAGAACGAGGGAAGCCAAAAUGUCACCAAUACUGGCCUGAUCCCCCUGAGGUUAAGGAAUAUGGCAACUUCCAGGUCUGCUGUCACUCUGAGGACUGUAACAUCGCCUAUGUCUUCCGGGAAUUGACAGUCACCAACAAUGAGACAGGGGAGGAGCGCAGUGUCACUCACCUGCAGUACGUGGCCUGGCCUGACCAUGGGGUUCCAGAUGACCCCACUGAUUUCCUGGACUUUGUGAACUCUGUGAGACAGAAGAGAGUCGAGAACGAGCCCCUCUUUGUCCACUGCAGCGCAGGAAUUGGUCGAACUGGUGUCCUGGUUACCAUGGAGACGUCAUUGGAAUUAAUUGAAAAGAACCAACCGGUUUACCCGCUAGAUAUCGUUCGAACAAUGAGGGACCAGAGAGCAAUGAUGGUGCAAACUGUGGGUCAGUACCGGUUUGUGUGUGAAGCUAUCCUGCGCGUCUAUGAGGAAGGGUUGACGAAGCUUCAAAAUUCCAGUUAGUACUUAUACUGAUGAAGAAGCAGCAGCAGACGAGGGGAUUAAUCGCUCCUCCUGUGAAUUUCAAUCAGAGCAGGAUCCUCAGUGAUUCCAAUUACCAUCGGGGAUCAGCAACAGAAAGAGAGAGACGGUGAUGACGUCUGAGACAUUUGAACUGUGGCACUUUAAACACAUUGGGAGGAUCACUACUAAAGUGUGUGUGUGUGUGUGUGUGUGUGUGUGUGUGUGUGUGUGUGUGUGUAUAAGUGUCUUGUAAGUUUCUUGUAUUUUUGUACUACCGUAAAAAAAAACAAGCACCCAACUGCUGUUGUCACAGUCUUUACUGUUGAUAAGUCCCUUCGGACUUAAUAGGCAGUAUUGUUUAUGGGUGAGAAAAGAAAAUAACUGGCUAAAGUGAUUGGGAGGGGGGGUUAUGUAGUCACAGAACCUAUAACAAACCAUCACUGCUGUACUUAUUUUAUUUUAUAUUUUUUUAGACCAACACCAAGUAAUGCUGGAGUCAAGUAUUAUAUAAGGUCCUGUUAUAGCCUAUGUUUGUGAAUCAGCAUAUAUGGUAUUAUAAUAUAUAAUUUCUUCUGUAUCAUUUCAUGUGUAUCAUUUCUUCACUUAUAUAUGUAUCUUUACUUCCUUAUCCUGCUGAAGACAUAAUGCUGCUACACAGAAUUUGAAUUCCCUACAGUAUAUUGCCUAGAUGGUAACAUACAAGACUCAUUUUUCUUGCUGCUUCUGCUGCUGAAAUAGAAGCUUAUGUUUUAUCCUGAUUGUUGUUAAUUUGUUUUUUUUAUUAUUUUUAUUUACUGGCAAAGGGUAGUGUUUUAUACCAAACGGUGAAAAGGUUACAAUGCUCUUGUCUAUCCAGUCCUUCUCCCCUCUGCUGACACCUGACCUCUGUACAUAGUGACCAAAUCUAAAUGGUCCUGUCUAGAGCUGGACCCGUAUGUGGAAAGCCUGAUAUUGAAAUGCUAAAAUGCAGCCACUUCUGAGAAAAACCUUUAACCAAAGCCAUUUGUAGUAGUGCUGUGCAUUCAGUGUGUAAUAAAAGGAAUUGUUUGACAAUAUGAUCUGGGGCUAAAAGCUUUUUACUCCAAAUUGUCAUUAGUGUAUUGUUUUUCUGUGAGAUUAUUUUUUUUUUUUUUAAUGGCUUAAGACUUAAUUAAAUGCCUGCAUUGUUAA